AAAAGUAAUCAGCAAGUUGUGCAAUGUCAACUAUUAUAAAUCAAGAUACAGUUAUGCCUCUUAUGGCAGUGCGGUGAAGGAUCACGUACAUGAUUUGUACCUGAUUUUAUAUUUUUUACUUCUCUUACAUAUUUAUUAAACGAUAUGGCUGUUCGACAUCGAAUUCAGUGGUUAAUUUAUAUUGUGUACUGUGUUGCAAUAGUUCAAAGCACACUGUUGGACAUAAAUGAUAUUAAAUCUUGCGACUUGUUAUGUAAACAAUGUAACGCCUCCGCAAUAUUUGCAUACGACCGCUGUGAGUGUAAUUUUUCUGACGAUAAUGACAAAGGAGCAGAAUGUAUACAGCGUAUACAGAGAGAGAUUCAAACUAUCGAUCUGAAUACACUUUCUGAAGAUCUCACAGAUGAGGAGCGAGAUGUACGUUCCAUUUUAACAUCCAGACGUCGUCUCAGAAUGGAUACGGGAUCGUGCGCACAUCCAGCUGUGUCCGGCGUAGAAACUCCGAUCGUCGGAAUGAUAAAUCCAGCUCUCAGUUAUCCAGCAAAUGGAUUGUACGCAACAAACCCGUUGGUGGGUUCAAUUAUUCAUCCCUACAGACACGGAUUGCCCUCCCAUCAUACCUUACACAAUUUUCCAGGAGGAAUUUUGUCGAAUCUGUUUGGUCAUCAUCGUUGGGCCCAUCAUCAUCCUGUGUAUCAUGGCGGUUUCAUCAGAAGCUCUAACAAUAUAAAUCCAGUCUCUGCUGAUCAAUCUGCUGGUGAAAAUGAUAGUUCUACUGCUUUUAAAGACUUUUCUAUUGCCAGAAGUAAUGCUGAUAAAUCUGUUGACCAAAAUAUUGUUGGAAAUCCGAUGUAUAUGUUCAAUGCAAAUCCAGUAUAUCAACCGAGGCAAUAUCGACUCUCUAGUGCCCCAUAUCAAUAUACUUCUUACCAUAAUCCCUUGAUUAAUGUACUCCAUCCUGAUGGAUAUAUUAUCCAACCUGAAUAUAUUCCACAAUAUAUGCAUGACACAUCAAAUCCACUGAUUUCUGCGUUUAAUCCAAAUUCUUAUUGCGCAAAUAAUGUAAAUGCUGAGCAGAAGAAUGAAAUGUCAACUGUCAACAUUGCACAUUCUAAUAAUGAGGCAGAACGAUCUAAUAAUGCAAUUAAAAAUAAGGAAGAAAACAAAACAGUGAAAAAUGAGAACAAUAAAUCAUAAUAAAAUAAUAUAAAU